CAGGAACCUGCAGCUGAAGCAAGUGUGUUAUUUAUCUUGGUGUUUUUAUUUUAUUUUUGUGUGCUGGUUUUCAGUUUGUUUUUCAAAAAGUAAAAGGAUGCUUAUGAGUGAACUUCACUGGAUUGUUUGGCUGGUGGCAGUGGCUUCCUGUGAAUAUGGAGAAAAACUGAAGGUGAUACUAAAGAUCAGAAAUCAGAAGGGAGCAGUUGACAUUGGUGACCCAGUGACUCUGGAUUGCAGCAUUGGCAGUGACUUACCUGGUUGGAGAUAUCGCUGGUACCAAUGGAGUCAGAUAGGAUGGCGGAAUGUUACUAAUGAGAUCUCUGGGGACACUUACACAAUCCAGUCUAUGUCUCAGUACAACAGUGGAGAGUACUGGUGUUGUGCUGCCAGAGAUGAUCAUCCUCAUUACGCAGAGUUCAGCAAUGCUGUGACGCUGACUCUUCAAGAGAAACCAAAGGCAACACUGGAAAUGAAGAAUCAGAGGAUACCUGUGUCUGCCGGAGACACGGUGACCCUGGACUGCAGCAUUGAGGGUGGCUUUACUGGCUGGAGGUACAUCUGGUACAAACUGAACUGGACAGGAGGGAGUGAUUUACUUAAUGACACCACUGGAGAGACUUACACGCUCCAGUCUGUGACUCAGUCUGAUACUGGAGUGUACUGGUGUUGUGGGUACAGAGAUGGACUUCCUCAAUCAUCAGAGGACAGCAAUGUUGUUAUACUGCAUGUUCAAGAGAAGCUAAAUGUGACUCUAAAGAUGAGGCAUCCGAAAGAAUCAGUUCACAUCGGUGACAAAGUGACUCUGGAGUGCAGCAUUGAGGGUAACAUAACUGGUGUGAGAUAUCGCUGGUACAAAUGGAGCUGGUCAAGCUGGUUGAAUGAGAUCAAUAAUAACACUGGGGACACUUUCACAAUCAAAUUUGUCACAUCAUCUGAUGGUGGAGAGUACUGGUGUUAUGCAAUCAGAGCUGAUCAUCCUCACUUCGCAGAGUUCAGCAAUGCCAUGACACUGACUGUUCAAGGGAAACCAAAGGCAACACUGAAACUGAGGAAUCAGAAAAAAUCUGUGUCCAUCAGAGACAACGUGACCCUGGACUGCAGUAUUCAGGGCGGCUUUACUGGCUGGAGAUACACCUGGUACAAACUGAACUGGGCGGGAAGUAGGAAUAUAGUAAAAGACAUCACUGGAGACACUUACACGGUCCAGUCUGUGACUCAGUCUGAUUCUGGAAUGUACUGGUGUAAUGGCCACAGAAAUGAUCCUCUUCAAUACUCGGAGCAUAGUAAUAUCGUUCCACUUAUUGUUCGAGGGAAACAAAAUGUGAUGCUGAAGAUGAAAAAUCAGAAGGAAACAGUUUACACUGGUGACAACUUGACUUUGGAGUGCAGCACUGAGGGUGACUUAUCUGACUGGCGAUAUCGCUGGUACCGGUGGAACCAGGCAGGCUUGUGGAAUGAGCUCAAGAACAUCAGUGGAGAUGUCUACAUGGUCCAGUCUGUGACUGUGUCCGACAGUGGAAAGUACUGGUGUUAUGCUUUCCGAGAUGAUCCUCCUGAGUACUCAGAGUUCAGCAAUGCUGUGACACUGACCGUAAAAGUGGAUUUUUCAACAGGAAAUGUCAUUCGACUUGGAUUUUCGUGUCUGGUGGUAACUGUGCUGCUGGUCCUCGUGAGUGAGUGCUUCUGGAUCAGAGUUCUUUCCGCCUGUACAUCCAAUGAGGUUGAUAAGAUAUGUAACUUUGAAUAAAACUGAAGCGCCUUGUAUUUGCAGAUAUGACUUAUCUGUGGGAGUGUCCGACAUAACACAAAGGAACUUUAAUCUUUUAUUAUUUUUCCUUCUACAAAGAUUAUCAAUUUGCUAACGUAAUGGAGGAAAUCAUGAAGACAUGUGCCACAAUCCAGAAUCUCUGCCACUUUAAUGGACAUUUUACAAAUUCGCCAGGUUGUUAUUUUCUGAUGAGUAAAAAAUAAAUUGAAACAAUAA